AUGUUUUCAAGUGAUGCAAUCUUGGGGUUUCUCUUCAUAUCUCUGAUUUGUGUUGGGCUCAUGGGGAACUUGGUGCUCUUCAUGCUAUAUAUAGACACCUUCUUAACUCAGUCUUGCCUGAAAAAGCCCAUUGAUGUGAUAUUCAUACACCUGACCUUGGUCAAUGUUUUGACUAUCUUGUUCAAGUUGAUACCAGAUGUCAUGUCAUUCUUCGGAGAAAGAUAUUUUCUGGAUGAUGCUGGUUGUAAGGCAACUUUGUACAUAUAUAGAGUUACCCGGGGUCUUUCCAUCUGUACUACCGCUUUCCUGAGUAUGUUCCAAGCUAUCACCAUCAAUCCUCUUAAUUCUAAGUGGGCGUGGCUUAGAUCUAAACUCUCUAUGUGCAUUUACCCCUCUUUCCUUUUCUUCUGGGUCAUCAACUUGCUCAUCUAUAUCCACAUCAUUGAAACUGUAAGAGCAAGGAACAAUUUCACAUUUGCUGGUCUUGGGUAUUAUACAGUACACUGUCAAAGCAGCCAGUUGGAACACCACAAUUCAAUGGCAUUUUUGAAUAUCAUGGUGAUUCGAGAUCUCCUCUUUGUGAUCCUCAUGAUGUGGUCCAGCAUUUACAUGGUGACCCUCCUCUAUAAACCCCACCAGACAUCCCAGCAUGUUCACAACCUCAGCCUCUCUCCCCAGUCAUCUCCUGAAAUUAAAGCCACCCACACUAUUCUUUUGCUGGUAGGUUGCUUUGUUUUCUUUUAUUGCUUAAACAACUUUAUUGCCUUCUACUUGCUUUAUUUACCCAAGAAAAACCCGGAAAUGGAGAGAAUUACUGGGAUAAUUUCCUCCUGCUACCCAUCCCUGUGCCCUUUUGUGCUCAUGAGAAAUAAACUUCCCAAACUGACUUCCUUCCUUUCACGGAUGACAAUUACCUUUUCUCAGAGAACAUUUAGUAGAUGA